GAGGAAAGAUGGGUCCUGCAGGACACACUGGAGACAAAGGAGACCAAGGGCAGCCUGGCAAAAGAGGGCCUACAGGAUUAGUAGGAAGUAAAGGUGACAUAGGACCUCUUGGUCCAGCAGGACCAAAUGGGGAGAAAGGUGAAAGAGGAAAAACAGGUCCACCGGGGAUCUGUAAAUGUGGGCAAAUCAUACUGAGAUCAGCUUUCUCUGUUGGUAUUACUACAAGUUACCCAGAGGAAAGAUUGCCAAUCAUAUUUAACAAAGUCCUUUUUAAUGAAGGGGGACAUUAUAAUCCUUCAACAGGAAAAUUCAUUUGUGCCAUCCCAGGGAUUUAUUAUUUCUCCUAUGACAUUACACUGGCAAAUAAACAUCUUGCCAUUGGCCUAGUUCAUAAUGGAAAGUUCCGGAUAAAAACAUUUGAUGCUAACACAGGAAACCACGAUGUGGCAUCUGGGUCAACUGUGAUUUACCUUCAACCUGAGGAUGAGGUGUGGCUUGAGAUCUUCUACACUGACCAAAAUGGCCUCUUUUCUGAUCCCACAUGGGCAGACAGUCUGUUUUCAGGAUUUCUCUUAUAUGUAGAUACAGAUUACCUUGAUGCUCUGUCAGAUGAAGAUGACCUGUGAUGGAGAUGGCUACAUACAUCUAAAUGAACAAAAGGCAGUGGACAGAAUCUGCCCAUCUCUUUUUAUAAGCCAAUGCUUUUGUCUGGAAUUUUGUUUUUGUUGUCAAAGGUCACAGAGUAAAAGACUUAUUUUCAAAUAACA